CUCAUUUUGUAUUUUUGUUUCUUGAAGACUUUGUCGCAAAAAUUCUGCGUUUUACCUCUAAUCCCUUGAAAACUGGAAACAGAAUGGAGGAUCAGCUAGAGGAAAAAGACGUACUGGAAAUGGGAAACUGGAACAGCGAAUACGAUAUCGCCGAGGAAGAAGAAGAACGGCUUCUCGAGGAACAUGAAAUAACAACAGAAAGCAAACAUGGAUUCCCCUAUGAGAGUGAACAAAACUUUUCCGACAUUGAAUAUGAAGCCCCUGAAGUUGAGGAGGAUAUUUUAGAUCUGGGACUCAAUGAAGAUAUUAUUGAAUACGAAGAAGUAUCCACAAAUCGCCAAGAAGCCUCCAAGGAGUUGAAAAAGAACACGUCAGCACAACCCAAUCAAGGACUUGAAACAUGCUCAACCAGUCAGAAAACUGGUACUGUUGACAGUGCUCCGACUCUAAGCCCCCAUAAAAAUGUUAGCGUCAGGAGUGGACAGCCUGCCAGUUCCUUCAAAAAUUUCAACUUCAAACGCCAACCAAAUUUCCCUAUCCCUGUUCAGAUGCGUAAUGCACCUCCUUCCAGGAUGACGUCUCCAGGAUUUCAUCAUCAAAGACCACAUUUUGAUGGUCCAAAUAGACCUCUGAUAGGAAGAGCUCCAUCAAUGAUGGACUACCAUGGAGCUCGCAGUGGGUUUUCAAGACAUCCAAUGCAGAUUGGAUGUGAGCCAUUAUUCGUUCAAGAUUUUCAUCAUGGUUUCCCAGCACAAAGAUUUCAAAGAUUCCCCAUUAAAGAUCAUCACUUAGUCAAUCAUCCCCAAUUCAUGGAUUAUGAUAGAAACAAUAGUAUCAAUCGACUGUUCAUCAAUCCCCACUAUCAAGGUUCAGUGACAGUACAGAAUGGUUGCGCCACUCGAGUGACUCCUUUAACUGAGCCCAGGUUAAACUUCUCACAUUCUGACAACGCACCUCCUCCUCGUUUUGCGUUUCAAGCUCGACAUCAGCGUCCUCCUCCUGGUCCAAAUUUAGCGAAUGCCCCAAGACCUGCAUCUUUUGCCCCAAUGCGAUUUACCCUUCAGUCCAAUUUGCCUCCGCCUCGCUUGAAUGGACCCAUCGACCAAAUCUCUCCCCCGCGCUUCAAGAAUGCCCAUCCGCAGAAUUUAAUGGAUAUGAUCCUACCAGCUCCUUUCGGCGAUGGGCCAUUACGAGCCCCAUACCAUCCUGAACAACAACGGACCCAAAGAUUUCGGUUUAACUCGUUUGACCCUCCUCCUCCUCAUUCUUACGAUCCUUCGUCUUCACAGCCCGUGCGAUUCCUUACGCCACUUUCAACAGCAUCUAAACGACCUGCCCCAACUGAAGCCUCAGUUACUGCUCCUCUUAAGCAACUGCGACUUGGACCGACAGGCAACAUCCAGGUUAUGCGAACCUUUGCAUCCCCAAAUGUUUCGCUCACCUGUCCGCCUCCGAAAACCGUAACCAAUGUAUUACCACCCGGAAGUGCUGCUCUCACACAGGUUCCUCCGCCAAACAUUCGGCCUCCGCAGCUUUCAGCCCCAAUCAGAAAGCCUGCAAUGAAUUCUUCCGCUACACCAGUCAUACCAACGACGGUUUCACCUUCAUCGACAAUUCAGUCUUCUGCGGUGCCUGCACCAAUCGUGUCCGAAUCAACUAGUGCUAGCACCAGCAACGUCACAGAAGAUGUCUCGUCAGAAAUGAAAGAUUAUCUCGAAAAGAUGGAGGAACAACGGAAGAAACGUGAAGAAGUAUUAAAAAUGAAAGAAGAAAGGAGACGUCAGAAAUUAGCUACGAUGGCUGGCAAAGCUGAGUUUAUUGCAAUCCCCAGUUUCCCCACACAACCUGGAAAUAGCGGAACUGCUAAUCCAUCGACUACAACUGUGUCGCCGACGUCCAGAUUACCCGAAGCUAACAAGCCACCCAACACAAAUGUACAUCAUUCACCGUUUUCACGCUUGGAUGGGGGUUCUUCACUCCCGCAAACGGGAUCGUCUACUGUCAAGGAAAACAGUGUAUCACCAACUUUACGAAAAACUGUUUUAGUUAAACCAACGCCGACAGUGCAAACUUCGGUUCGGGCGAUUCCUCAAGCUGCUGUCGGAGUCAACCGACGAUAUAAAAUCAUCAUAGUCAAGAAUAAAAGCGGAAAAAUUCUCGAAAAAAGAAGGGUUCCCAUUGAUGAACCCUCAUCAGGCAAUAAUCAUGACAACAACCCUUUAGGUCACAUGACUCACCCUCCCCCGUCCUCUUUACUUCAGACUCCGGCUCGCAUCAGUGAAACCGUAACUAUCGAAAAUUUGAAUAUGAAUGCUACCGAAGAUUACGUGUGGAAACUGUGCCAGAUGUUUGGUCCUGUUCAAGAGGUUUAUCCUAAAUUACAGGAAGGUAAAGCGAUUGUGAGAUUUUCUUCCUCCAGUGGAGCCAAUAAUUUCAUUACUAAUCAUAACACUCCGGGGAUCUGUGUGCGUUUCUUGUGAUGCAAUUUGUGAAGCUUUUUCGUUUUAUUGGCGUGUCAGAACUUCGUGUUUAUAAAAAGGCAUAUUCAAAAAUAAGGCCUUGAAUCAUUUCACAUUUACUUCGGUUUUUUUCAAUGAUGUGGUGUUGUUGUUGUACUGCUUGCUUGACAAUGACAUCGGCAAUUAAAGAAAUCAACCGCUGUUUCGUGUCGUGAAAAAAAAAAUAUAUACAUAUAAAAAUGGAA